AUGUCUUCUCCAUCUGCUGUGGUGUGCCGUGAGAUAUUCGAUGAAAAUAGUCAACCGUCGGCCGAUGAAAUAUCAGAAUAUGCACAGCAGUUGGGUAUUGAUCCUGAGAGUGAGAGCCAUCUCUUGCCCUUGGCGCGGGAGGGUCUUAUGCAAGCACUUCCACCACCAUGGAAGGCAUAUUUUGAUGAGAAACUCCAAACCCACUACUACUACAAUGAGGAGACGAAAAAGACACAAUGGGAGCAUCCCCUCGACAACGUCUAUAGAGAGCUGGUGAAGAGGGCACGGGAUGCAUCUACGCAUGAUGACACUUGUGCCUCUGUGCAGGAACUUCCAACUUCCGAGGACCAUACAAAAAAUCUAGAACGCGUCGAAACUAAAGUCGAAAGCGAUGAUGAUGAACUGUCAACGGACAGUGAAAACCACCCUUCGGACGUUAAGGACGCUACAAACGCGACACAACGACGCUUAACCCCUCUCGGUCGACCACCACUAGCCCCACUCUCAAGACUUGAUAAGAAACUGAGCGAUUUACGAAUUUCGCCAUUAAGACGAAGCGUCGACAGUCCUAUUUCGCCUAAACCGGUCCUUGUAAGAAAUACUUCUGACAGAGAUCUGUUGUGUCGACCAACUUUUGAAAGGCCAAAAGUGCUAUUUAAACAACAAUCAGAAAUAAUUGACCUUAAAAUGCAUGUACUGAACAGUCCUGAAGAUGAAAAUUUCAGCCCACUUCUGUCGUCUGCUAAGAUUGAUAAAGGAUUGCCAUUUUCAGGCAAAGGCAACAUGUUUUUAAAGUUCUCGAAGUCAGAUUUACCAAGUCCAGACACGGAAAAAUCACUACCGGCAGACUCUGUGACAAAGAGCGAUCCGCCUAAAGGGAUACUACGAGAAAAAUCCGAUUCUUUCCAGAGGAAAAAUGAGAGUGCAAUCUUGGGAAGACCCAAGCAAACUGCUAGCUUUGAUGAAGAUAAGAAAAGUGUCAGAUUCAAAUUGGAAAAUGUACCAGAGCCAACCGUCAGUCCAGGGUCAAAUAGUUCUUCCGAUCAGAAUGAAGGUCAAAGCUCAAUUAUAAGUGCACCACCUUCUCUUCCAUCAUCCCUAGCUCCGUUAUCACCUAUUGUGCCAUCAUCACCGGUGAUUCCUUUAUCACCAAUAUCAUCACCCGUGCCUUCAAUGAUGAAUACUGUACAUUUGUCUCCAUUGGUGGCUCGGCCGCCUUUACCUCCGAGGCCACAAACGUCAGAAAGUGCGAGGGACAACAAGAACGUCCCUAGUUCUGAGAAAGAUUCUUUAGAUGGUGAAACUCGCGAGAAAUCACCAAGGAGGCGACUCUUGAGACCGCCUGCGUCCGACUAUAUAAAACCGGAUCUAUUCCAAAAGAAUUUUCAGAAGAUUUCCGAUCUGGUUCGGCGAGGCGAAGUAGAUUCUACUCCAGUAAGUUUAGAGGAAUCGGGCUCAGAUAAAGAAAGUAGACCAAGGUCGCCAAUGGUACCUCAGAAGAAUAAAAUUUCAAUAAACCUAAUGGAGAGCAUUGAAUCGGAAACUUCAAUCGAUUCUCCAGAUAGAGAGUUUGCGAAUAUCGAUUUAAACGAUCUCGAUGAAUCGAACGAAAGUCAUAACAUUCAAAACGAGGCACAAAUAGAAAAUAAUAUUGAAGCAAAAAACAAUGAUAAAGAAGUAGUAAGUGCUAAAGAAAAGGAGGAAACCUCUGAAACACAUUCCAAAGCGUCAGAGCCCAUUCAGAAUAUGCCACAAUGUCUUGCAAACAUUCCCAUACCUCAAAUUAAAGUUCCUAAAUUAGAUUUUCUGUCAAAACAACAGAAAUUCGCACAUUCCGAUUCAGAAGAAUCUAGAAAGUCCUCUAAUAGAGAAGAAGAUAUUAAAAUUACUCCUAGAUCGAAUAGUAUAGACAUUCCUAAAGAUGACAAAAAUCAAAUAAAGCUAUCUCCAACACCCAGUUUAGGUUCUGAUAGGUCGCCGAGGUUAGAUUUCGGCAAGACGUGGUCUAGUCCCUUUUCGACAUUCAAGCCACUAAAUAAAGCGGUGAUCUCACCUCAAAUUAAAUCAUCAGAUUCGUCGACAAGCUUAGGAAAAGGCGUAACUAGUCCAAGACUAGAUGGCGUUAUAAUAUCACAGAGUAAAUCAAGUUCCGAUAACGUAGUCGUGGUUUACCAGUUUGAAACUCAAGAGGACAAUUUAUCAAAGCCUAUUAAGUCCCCUCUUAUACCUGAUAUGGGCACACGGGAUUUUAUGGAGAGAAACAAAAAUGAUGAGCGACGAAGAUUGGAGUUGUCCUUGCAGAAGGAGUUAGAGUUAAUAAGAAUGGAGUGGUCUGCUAAAGAGAAGAAAAUGAAAGCAGAGUUGCAAGAAGAGUUAAGAGAGGCAGAGCAAAAGUUUUUGACUGAGAAGAGAGUAAGACUUGAUGAACAGGCCGAGAGGCAUAAAAAAGAAAUGGAAGACGCACUGUCAGCAGCCGAACAUAAUCAUGAGCAAAUGUUGCAAAAUGCGUUGAAGGAAAUUGAAAAGCGAUAUCAGAUUGAUGUCGAAGCCGCAGAGAAACAGCACGCCGACAGCAUGGCGCGGUUAAGGGAAGAUUAUCGCGUUAAAUUGACAGAGGAACGAGAGCAGUUGGAAAUAGAAAACGAGCGAGCCUUGACAGAACUCCGGGAGCAGUUACAAAUAAGUCUAAACACAGAGAGAACGCAAAUGAUAGAAGAGAACAGAGCUACAAUAGAGGCUUUACGGGAAGAACACACCAACAGGGUUACGGACUUAAGGCAUGACUACAGAGCUGAGGUGGAACAUCUACGGCGGCAACACGCUUGCCAUGUAGAAGAGCUACGCGCCCGUCUGGCCGGCGAGCGGGCCGCCGCCGCUCGGGGCUCCACGCACGAGCGCGCGCUCGCGGACAAGUACCGCUGCCUCAAGGAGAAGUACGCGCGCCUCAAGCACGACGUCAAGGUGACACGCUCGCACACACUCACUGCUCGGUGCACACACGAGCGCGCGCUCGCGGACAUGUACCGCUGCCUCAAGGAGAAGUACGCGCGCCUCAAGCACGACGUCAAGGUGACACGCUCGCACACACUCACUGCUCGGUGCACACACGAGCGCGCGCUCGCGGACAUGUACCGCUGCCUCAAGGAGAAGUACGCGCGCCUCAAGCACGACGUCAAGGUGACACGCUCGCACACACUCACUGCUCGGUGCACACACGAGCGCGCGCUCGCGGACAUGUACCGCUGCCUCAAGGAGAAGUACGCGCGCCUCAAGCACGACGUCAAGGUGACACGCUCGCACACACUCACUGCUCGGUGCACACACGAGCGCGCGCUCGCGGACAUGUACCGCUGCCUCAAGGAGAAGUACGCGCGCCUCAAGCACGACGUCAAGGUGACACGCUCGCACACACUCACUGCUCGGUGCACACACGAGCGCGCGCUCGCGGACAUGUACCGCUGCCUCAAGGAGAAGUACGCGCGCCUCAAGCACGACGUCAAGGUGACACGCUCGCACACACUCACUGCUCGGUGCACACACGAGCGCGCGCUCGCGGACAUGUACCGCUGCCUCAAGGAGAAGUACGCGCGCCUCAAGCACGACGUCAAGGUGACACGCUCGCACACACUCACUGCUCGGUGCACACACGAGCGCGCGCUCGCGGACAUGUACCGCUGCCUCAAGGAGAAGUACGCGCGCCUCAAGCACGACGUCAAGGUGACACGCUCGCACACACUCACUGCUCGGUGCACACACGAGCGCGCGCUCGCGGACAUGUACCGCUGCCUCAAGGAGAAGUACGCGCGCCUCAAGCACGACGUCAAGGUGACACGCUCGCACACACUCACUGCUCGGUGCACACACGAGCGCGCGCUCGCGGACAUGUACCGCUGCCUCAAGGAGAAGUACGCGCGCCUCAAGCACGACGUCAAGGUGACACGCUCGCACACACUCACUGCUCGGUGCACACACGAGCGCGCGCUCGCGGACAUGUACCGCUGCCUCAAGGAGAAGUACGCGCGCCUCAAGCACGACGUCAAGGUGACACGCUCGCACACACUCACUGCUCGGUGCACACACGAGCGCGCGCUCGCGGACAUGUACCGCUGCCUCAAGGAGAAGUACGCGCGCCUCAAGCACGACGUCAAGGUGACACGCUCGCACACACUCACUGCUCGGUGCACACACGAGCGCGCGCUCGCGGACAUGUACCGCUGCCUCAAGGAGAAGUACGCGCGCCUCAAGCACGACGUCAAGAUGUCAAUUGAGCGACGCAAUAAAAGGCGAGAAAUGAGCAUGACCACUGGUUCGGAAACAGAAAAAUCGAAUUCGCACAAAGCUACACAAUCUCUUGAAAAAUGCAAGGAAGUGAACGAGACAUCGGUGAGCGCGGUGAUUGAAACCGAGCCGUUACGUGUUAAAGCCAACAAUAACCCGACCAUCAAGUACAAUGACAAUGAGACGUCCAUUUCGGAAAGCAAUGCCCACAAAUCCGAGAACAAUAACGACGAGUGGAAGGCGAAGAGUAGUGUAAGUAUUUCUUUAUGUAUAGUCUUUGUCAAUAUGUUCUUGUUUAGAUGUUUGAAUAUUACAACGGCAAAAUUUAUGGGCAAUUUCCAACAACUCAAGAGAACAUGGAAGUGCCCUACUUGUACAAAUGUCACUAAAAGACGACACAGAAAUGAUGACACACCAUUAAAAAUAAAUUCUGAAGAAUCUUCUCCCCCAGAUUUAGUCGACACGUCCGGUGGUGAUAGUAUUUCGCAGACAGAGGAUAGUAACGAACAGUUGUCCCCGAACAUGGAGCUUCCUGGAGUGCCAAAGGUGAAUACUUUUUCAUUUUCCCUAGAAGAAAUUGGUAAAUUGCUGGAUCAUAAACUAGAUUCGAAACUCAAAAGUGCACAUGUUUGUCUAGCCACAGAAAUCAAGCAAGAGUUUCGUGACGUUUUAAAGAAUUUAGAAAGUGAUUUCAAACAAAUUACUGAAUCCAUAACACAAGAAGUAUGUAGCUUAAAGCAAGAGGUCAGUACCCUUAGUGAAAAAGUCCAGGCACUCGAGAAUGAAAACAUAUGUAUUCGCAAAGAAAUUGAAUCGUCUCGUCAAACUGCUCAAUCAAAUACACACUUGGAGAGUAUUGUUGCAGAGUUACAGCAGCAAAUAACCUACAAAGACCAGGAAGCCCUGCUAAAUGAUGUCGAAAUAGUCGGAAUACCAGAAUUUUCAGGUGAAACACCAAUGCAUAUAGUGUUGACCGUUGCCUCUAAACUAGGAGUAUCUCUAACGGAACAAGAUAUAGUUUACGCUGAACGCGUCGGUCGCCGUUUAAAUUGGCCGGCUAAAGAUAUGCGAACAGGUAACCAAAACAGCUCAUCAGUUUCUGUUAGUGCGCGCCCCUUGGUUGUAAGAUUAACGCGUCGUGCGUUACGCGACCACUUAAUAAAGAAUGCUCGAGUGCGCCGUACGCUUACUACGGUAGACCUAGGAUUGUUACCUCACGAAUCAAGUACGUUUUAUGUUAAUGAACGAUUAACCAAAACAAACCGUAUUUUAUUUGCUAAAACACGUGAAAUGGCUCGAAAUUUAAAUUGGAAAUUUGUAUGGACAAAGGGGGGUCGUGUUUAUGUUAAGCGUGAAGACUCUCCUAAUAUUUAUGCGCGCAUAGUAAACUCUGAAAUGGAUAUUGAACGUGUUUUUGGUGUACCCUGUUCAAAAACUUCUAAAUAA